AUGUACGAUCGUCUUGUGCCUUGGUAUCGCACGGCUGGAGUGGCCUCGAUUAUUAGCUCCUGUCUUGGAGCCUAUUGUAUCAUAAAGAAGUCAACAAAAGAAAUGAAAAAUUAUAAAUGGUGUCUGUUCAACAUUUUGAAUUCUCAUUCCUCACGAUCAACCCAAUCUAUUGAUCUGUGCGAGUAUUUCGGAUUUGGUUGUCGCAUUCUGGAUACAACCGCUCUCCUUUUUUCCGCUUGUGGGCGGUGUGGGACGAGCAAGUGCUAUUUUAAUGGUAAACUUUUGUAUGGCUUCCAUUCAAAUUGGCUUCCUCUAUCGUUUGAUGGUGCUCUACGAGAAUUGUUGGCCGAUCAGACGAGGCAGAAAUUUGAUUGUGACUGUGACUCCGGUUCUCUUCGAGGCUACGAUUGGAGUUAUUAUGUUUUCGCCUAUCAUGUACUCAACUGGCAUGAGACACUCGACCACGAUUUUAAUCUUUUCCUGCUUGAUAACUGGAUAAACCCGAAUUUUUUUUGGUGUCAAUUGUAUUGGGCGAUAUCCGGCGUUACCUACAUGUUCGUAAAUAUUAUGGUCAUUUGGUGGGCAUUUGAAAGGUUGAAACGAUCGAGAAACUUGCUGAACGAUAGCGCGAGAAAGCGCCACUUCUUUGCCAUUGUCGCUCUGAUUAUACAAGCAAUUGUACCUCUAGUUGGCUACGUGAUUCCACUGUACAUUUUUUCCAUUCUUGCUCAAACCCGUCUCGAACGGAAUCUUCAGGAGCCCACUUCGGUUUUCGUUGUUAUGCUUUCAACGCACGGCGCAUUGAAUGCAUUGGUGAUGAUGAUGGUAACAAAACCGUAUCGACGAUUUCUCGUCGCAAAUCUAAAAAGAGUCGCACUUUGCAAAGCGGAUGGAAGAAUCUAUGGAGCAUCGAGCGGUCAGCUGUGGAGUGAA